AGCGGCGAACGCGAGGUGGAUGGUCUCCGGAAGGGACCGUCACGCCCGAGCAGGCAGCCGUUUGUGAACCCAAGGACCCGAGGGCCGCGAGCGCCAUUCGAAAAAAGGAUGGCCGCCGGCGAUGUGCGCCGCGCGCUACGGCCCGUCGUCGCUCGUUUGCCGCGCAGCGCUGUAAUGCUAACGUCGCUAGCCGUCGGCGUGACGCUGCAGCUGCUGCUUCUGGUUGGCUCGUGCGGUGCCCAGCUCGGCGAUGUGGCCAGCGAAGAGCCAGUCCAGGUGUCCUUCGAGCCAGACUUGCUGUCGGUGCACAUUGGAGAGCGCCGGCUGUACGUGCCCCUUCGCAGCAAGCGCGCGGCAGUUGAGUCCUUUCCGGGCGGUGCGGCGUCAGUGAAGAACUGUGCCUACAAAGGCCCGGUUUACGAGCAGGGUGUCGGCACCGCGGGCCGAGCCGUAGUGAUCGCGUGUCCCGGUGAGAAACUAGUCCACGCCCUCGUCAUCACGGCCCAGGGCGAAGCGAUCUCUGUGGCGCCGUCUCAGGGAUCCCGGGACGCGAGCGUCGAAGUAGAGGAUGGCGGCGGACACGUGGUGCGCCGCGAAUCCCCGAAGUCCAAGUUCCUCGCUUUCUGGAGCAAGAUGUCCACCAGAAGACGCAGAGCCACCAAGACGAAGGCGGCGGUGUCCAGGGAGCAUGCCAUUGAGCUCGCAGUGUUCGUUGACGCCGCGCUCAGCAACGCGAUGGCCACGGAGCGGGCACUGCAGAGGAAGCUCACGGCUGUCCUUGAACAGGUCCAGCUGAUUCUGGAGUACCGAUCUCUGGGACAGCCGCUCAAACUGGAGAUCGUCAACCUCGAGCUCGUCGACUCCAAGCGGGGUCCCAGCACUGGCGGUGGUGACAUCGACGCUUACCUGGAUAACUUCUGCGUAUGGCAGUGCAACCGCAACCAGCUGGCAGCGAAGCAGGGACUGGGACGCUGGGACCACGCGCUCAUGCUCUCGGGACUCGACCUCGUCAAGGGCAACAACAGCCGCGUGCUGGGCCUGGCGUGGGUGAACGGGAUGUGCCGCUGCCGCUACAGCUGCACCCUGAGCGAGGCGCGCAGCCUCGAGGCGGCGCUGGUGGUGGCGCACGAGCUGGGCCACUCGCUGGGCAUGCACCACGACGGGCCGCCCGACAACCGCUGCGACCCGGACAGCUUCAUCAUGUCGGCCAAGACGGGCGCCGGGAAGACCCGCUGGUCCACGUGCUCGGGACAGUACCUCGAGGACUUCCUCUCAAGCCGAACGUCGUCGUGUCUGGCCUCUCGCACCAGCCAGCCAGUGGCCGAGCUGGAGGGAGAACCCCUGCCCGGUCAGCUUUUCCCGGAUGACGCCCAGUGCAAGCUGGCUCUGGGAACGGACUACAGUGCGUACACUUCGUCCAGGAGCCCCUUCAAUAACGUAUGCCGUGAACUGUGGUGUCUGAAAGGAUCCUGGGCCAGCCCCGCUCAUCCGGCUCUCGACGGAACCACAUGCGCAAAGGGCAAGUACUGCCGCGAGGGGUCGUGCGUGGUGCGUCCGGCGGGCCAGCAAGCGGGCAGCCCCGCGGCCUCGACAAAGAGGGCGCCGCGAAGCACCGUGGUCACCACGACGACGAACCCCACGACGUCGACGCGGCGCUCCGUGGUCAACGUGGUAUUUCCCGACAUCUCGAGAAUCUGGAACAACUGGUUCCGCCGCGGCUUUCCCAGUUGGUUCUGAGACGGACGUUGCGUUUCCGACAGCCCUAUAGUACAAGCAGUUCUGUGUUGAAGGUUCCUGCGUAAUUUAAGGCAAGGCGCACAGUGUCGAAAGGCGUGGUAUUAGCCGUAGUGUCGAGAGAUGCCUUGCAUGUUUACCGGUGCGAAACGUUAGAAAAAAAAAAAAGGCGGAAGAAUAGAAAAGGGCACGGAGCUAAUCCUGGCUCGCAGGACAGGGUAUCAAGUUCGUUUAGGCUUGAUAUAUAGAGCACUUAUUUGGGAAGUCUCGUCUUUCGCAGAAGAAACCAUUUGUUGUAAAACUGGGCCUUGCUGCGGACCACAGGGAGGCGUGCCAGCAAGUUCUGUUGCGUGUGAAUUACGCCAAACACCUAGAAAGUAUUAGCCACGUGUGCAUUGCUUAUUCAGUGCUCUUGUGGCCUGUCUUUUGAUGCCUUGUUUUUUCAUCGCUGUGUUCCCGCGUUAAGUGAACAGAUAUCGACAAAAUCAGCCCGCUAUACACUUUUUCUGCAUUGAGUUCCGCGGGCUGCUACUGCGACACGAUGCGAUGCUUCACGAGGCUUUGAAUGCGUGGUCACAGCACUCGUGAACGGCGAACGCGAAAGACCUGCUGAAGGCUUGUUCAAAAAGUGUUGUUUCUUGGACGCGUGUCCCAUCACGUCAAGUGCAGCAGCUUGCCGCCAUAUCUUCCACUCCAAGCUGCCCGUUAGAUGCCAGAUAAAAUCCUGCAAUAAUUUAUUGUUGAUGCUCAGUUACUCCGAAAACAUGCUCAACUGACGCUCAGUUGAUGCUCAGUGAUGCUCAGUUACUCCGAGAAAGAAACCCUCGCUUUUUUUCUUGCUGAAACCGAUACACGGCCAAAUUGCGUCGUGGUACUUGCAGCGGGUGCAAAGCCUUCGCAUUCGAAGUACUCUGGUGCUUCUAACAUUUGCCACACCGCGAGUCAAGCGAUGAAAAUGCCUAGUUGGUGUUUCAUCUGCGACCCUUAUAGUGCGAAAAAAAUAGGCAACGUAAAAGCGCUUCUCAUGCUGAGAAUCGACUUGGUCUUUGCCCUUUAAGUUGUGCACAUGUAGUGCAGGAACAGCGCAACUGCGGUGCUGAUGCAGCGCUGAUGCAGCGGAAUUUUCUUAUAGUCGCUGAUAAAGCGCGCUGCGGAACCGACCGGUGAGAGUCGUUAGACGCAAUGCCUGAAAUUUCUCGUUUCGUACUCCACAUACUUGAUAGACCAGUCCUCAAUAAUACAUAAUUAUCGUGGCUUUUCCGGCCCUGUCUCGAGCCUUUGCAUAGUGGACAAUUCUCGUUUGAGAAGCGCCGCUUGCUGUCAACUCUGACUCAAGGUUUUUCGUAAACGUGAAGUCAAUGUGAAAAGUACUCUUAUACGCAGGGCGUUCCGCGCGUGCCCAAGAGCCUCGUGGGGGCGCCCCCGUAUAUUUCCAGGUCUUCCUAUGCCCUAGAGGGUAUAAUUACUCUAUAUAGGACUACUAGAGAGUUGGUAAGGCUCCUGGAGGUCACUCUUCAGACCUUUGCGACAUACAUGAGGCUCUCAUGAGCCUCACAUGCAGGCCAAGAUGGAUUUAGUUGUAGUGCGCGAAAUCAUGUAGGGUGUGUUUAAGAAAUUAUUUACGUUUGUUUAUUAUAUGGCAUAUGUGUGCGAGCGGCAGUUAACCUAUGCCUGCUGUUGCGAGUACGUCGCUCAUUUCGUAAUCAGGAGGAAAGAAGGCUAGAUUUUGCGUUGCUUUCGAUCGCGACCUUAAGAGAGAGAGAGCUGCCCUUUCCGCUGUGCGCCCACGUUACACAUCUGUGUCGCGUCACUGCCAACGUAGCAGAAGUUAGGCGUCGCGUUGGUCGACCGAGAGCAGUGGAGCCAACAACGGACGCUGCGAUUGAAUUGUGGCGAAACAUGAGCGACUGGUAUCAGGCGGCCUGACCAUCGAGUAUUGUGUAUUUACUUGCAGAUGGACCAGCAGCUUAAUUUUGUCCGUGAGCACCAAUAACUAUUCUGAACGCACAGAGUGGACCAAACCUAAAGGGAGCGUCUAACUGGUAUUCGAGCGUUGAUUACAGCUCGAGUAAGAGAUGAAGUUGAAGGAAGAUAUGAAGUAAGAUACGCCCGUAGUGUAUAGCUAGUUAUUCCCGCAUACAUGGACACUGAAUGCAAUAAAUAAUGCCUUUGAUUUCAAAGACAUAAAAACACUCUUCUUUUUGUUUACUUCCUUGGCGUAAAGAGCACCCAGGCGUUGUAUAGACCGUACGUAGUCUGUCGCAGCUAUUCUUCCAGUAAUAAUUUUGGCCAGGACCUCAGAAACGCCUCAACAACGACAAUACGACAAGAUGCGAAUAAUGACGCCACGAAGAGACGGUGGCGUCGCCUCUGUUAUGUUGCAAAAAAGAACAAACAUUUUUCGACAAAUUCUACCAGAAAUAUAUAUGCUUUAGAAAGGCAAGGCUUGGGGAUAAUUCCUCAAACCUUACCCGCUGAACGCGCGAAGUAGCAAGUAUAUAACAAAUAACAAUCGGACCAUCAAUUAUUAUUCUCGUUUAUUUUGCAAAUACUAUUACGUGUCGCAGGCCCCCCUUUGCCGAAAGCGUGUAAUUUCUCUAUACCAGUGUCGACAUGGCAUUGAUGCUUGACUGAGCACUUUUUUUAAAAAAAUGAAGAUUCGGCCAUACCUACCCAAGCUUACACGCCCCUAACGUGAAAUACGUGGCUGCCAGGAUUUUGUUACAGCAGACCGAUGCUCAUUGUACCGCGGGGUGCCACGCCUCAUACAGGCGCCAAAGUUUGGCUCCGAGUAUUCUGUAGUAGGCGACGUUACCCCGACGCGUCCGGGAUUAUAGCUUCUCGCUCGUGUUCACGUAUUUCCUGCUUCGCGGACUCACUCAUCUGUUAUUGCGACUAUACACACACGGCAGCUGGUGUCCAUUGACGUACGAGUGUUUGCACGAUCUUAAAAACAGCGGAGCUGUUGCUCGUAUAGAUGUAGUUUAGUUCUACGAUGUCCUGUACUUGUACCUUGCUGACGCUGGGAGCUAUGCACCGUUCUAUACAUGGCAGUCAACGCAGUGGAGGUUAGAGGUACUUCUUGCGGUGGCUUUGUUCGCGCUUGUAUGUAUUUCGAUGUUUUUUCACCGCAAUUAGGCGCAACUGUUGUUUAUAUGGGCUCGGUAUUGAGUGAAACACGUUUUAUUCCUUAGAAAGAAGCACACUGUGGCAUACGGCUGCUAAUGCGUUGGUUUAUAUAAUUUUUAUUUUUGUUGUUCUUUUCGGGCUUUUGUAACCCGUCGCGAGGAGCCUCACGUGCAUGCUAGCGCGAAAGAACGUCAUUGGCGCGCAGCGAAGUAUGGACGGAACGCCCAUACUGAUAGCUGAUAACGUUUCCUGACCGAACGUCUUACGUAGCUUCCACAGCGUUGACUGCUAUGUAUGGAACUGAGUAUAAUGGAGUUGUUAUACUGAGUGACGCGAAAUUUCGCACGUUGCCCGGAAGUUUUUGUUGACCGAGGUAAUAAAAAUUUAAAAUGUUUCCA